AUGAAAACAUAUAAAAUUAAAUAUUUCCUUUUGAUAAGUUUUUUUAUCAAUCUGAUAAAGCAAGCGAAAUCGAAAAUUAUAAUAAGUUGCUUUGGAAAACAACAUUGUAAGAUAUGCCAUAUAAUCAUAAGAAAUUGUUUUUUAUCUGGAACAAGUAAUUUAGAAAAAUGUAUAGCUUGUGAAGAAAACUACUAUGAGACUAGGAAAUGUAUAAAACAAGAAGAAAGCUUUUUCAGCUAUCAAGGGAACAACGCGCUUUUGGAGUUAAGAGAUCAAAGUUUACAGGAUAGUGUUUCAGAAGAAAGCAUGAAUGAACUAAUAUCAAACAUAUUAGAUGUAGCCAUAUCCCGAUAUGAAAAUCAAAAAACAGAUGUAAAUAGUAUGGAUGAUGACUAUAAAUCUAAAAUAGCAAAUUUAUGUUUAUAUUUAAAUUUUAAGGACAAUUAUGAAAGUGCAGAAAAGCAUAAACAAACUGAUGUUGAACACAUAGAACCACAUAUUCAACAUAUUGUAAAAACAUUUAUUCAUACUAAUGAUAAUAUAGAGCAUAUGAAAAAUGCGUUAAAAAACCCAGCACUUUGUUUUCAAAAUCCAUCAGAAUGGGUUCAAGAUAGAUUAGGAUAUAAAGAAAAUAAUGAAAUUCCUUCAGUAGGUAUAAUACCAGAAAAAAAGUUAUUUAAACCAUUUAAAAAUAAAUCAUUGAUGAGUUCAUUAUAUAAUGCUAAUUCAAAAUGUAAUAGAACACAUUGUAAUCGAUUUGCUGAUCCCAAUGAGUGUGAAUAUAAUAUAAGACCUCUCAAUCAGGGAACAUGCGGGAAUUGCUGGGCCUUUGCAUCUUCAACUACGGUAUCUGCAUUUAGAUGCAGAAAGGGACUUGGGUUCGCUGAACCUUCAAUAAAAUACGUAACUUUGUGUAAAAACAAAUAUUUAGUUGAUGACGAUUCUCAUAUAUUUGGACAUUAUAAUGAUAAUGUAUGUCAUGAAGGUGGACAUCUUUCAUCAUAUAUAGAAAUUUUAGAUGCAUCUAAAAUGCUUCCAACAUCUUUUGAUGUUCCAUAUAACGACCCCAUAAAAGGUGGGGAAUGUCCUGCUGAAGCUAGUACAUGGGGAAACAUAUGGGAUGGUGUAUCAUCUUUAAGUAAAAUACUAAAUGGAUAUAUAUACAAGGGAUAUUUUAAAAUAUCUUUUUUAGAUUAUGUACAAGCAGGUAAAACACAUGAAUUAAUUAAUAUAUUAAAGGAUUAUAUAAUUGAGCAAGGUGCUAUAUUUGUUUCAAUGGAAAUAUCCCAAAAAUUAAAUUUUGAUCAUGAUGGUGAACAAGUCAUGUUAAAUUGUGAAUAUGGUGAGGCACCUGACCAUGCAUUAGUUUUAAUUGGUUUUGGAGAUUAUAUAAAAAGUUCAGGAGAAAAAAGUUCAUAUUGGUUAAUACGAAAUAGUUGGGGUUCUAGAUGGGGUGAUAAUGGAAAUUUUAAAAUGGAUAUGUAUGGACCUGGAAAUUGUAAUGGUAGAGUUUUAUUUAAUGCAUUUCCAUUAUUAUUAAAAAUGACAGAAAAUAAAAUUUCUAAACCUUUACCUAAUGAUAUGGCAUCUACUGAUAUAAAAAUGAGAUAUAACCAUUCUGAGUUUUCUAAAAAUAAAAAAAAUAAAAAUAGAAAAAUAACUCCAAAUAAUUAUGAUGAUCCAUUUAAUGUUAACCCUAAGAUAGUAGACCCACCAAAUAACAAUCACAAUGAUCAUAAUUCAAUAGAUAAUAAUGAUGAAGAAAAUAAUGAACGAUUUUAUCCUCCUUAUAUAGAUCCUGAGUAUGGUCCUAGUUACCCAAGUAUGAACAAUAAUCGACGAUUUGAUCCUAGCGAUAUAAUUAACCAUAGAAAUAGACUAAGAAGGGUUUUUCAAAUUAAUUUAACUGUAACUAUAGGCAAUUUUGUAUAUAAAAGAAAUAUAUAUUCUAAAAGGAAAAAUGAGUACAUGGAGGAGUUCUCUUGCCUCCGAACCUAUUCAAUGGAUGCAGGUCUAGACAAUAUAUGUCGAGAAAAUUGUGAAAAACAUAUCGACACAUGCAUGCGUAGUGCAGUUAUAGGAGAAUGUUUGGAAAGAAAUGCCCCAAAUUAUAAAUGUGUUUAUUGUGGAAUGUGA